UUCAACAAAUUGUUGACAAAACUUUAUAAAAAUAUAAAUUUUUGUCGUUUAAAACAAACCGUAUUUGUUCAAAGAUAAUGACUGCCGAUGAUUGUGGAAGAAAAAUUAAGAAACAACUUGAAUCUGUUGGGGAUGAAGUGGUUUUUGAAACAAAUAUCAUGAAAUGUGAAACAGGUGAGACUGAAAUGGUCGGUGAAUCUGAAGAAUAUGAUAUGUUUGGUAUUGAAAUGGUUACCCAUAACCUCGAAGAAAAAUAUGAUAUAUAUCAGAUUAAAAAAGAAGGUGUCAUUGAUGUUUACCAUGAACCCAAAUCAGUAAAAUGUAUAGAAGAAAUAGGUGAAGGCCCUCAGAAUAAGUUUCUUGAUAUACAGGGUGAAGAUAUGAUUCAUGAUUCAAAACCCACCACAGAUUCUGGGAACGUUUUUGCUAAAAUAGAAGAUGAAACAAUCAACGAAAAGAAAGAGUGCCUCAAUGAAAAGAAGUCGUCAGCGUUAUGUCAAAAGGGGUUUGGAACUGCAAACAAUCAUAUUGUGAAACCGUUUCAAUGCAAAAUCUGCUCGAAAUCAUUCAUUUGGAAAAGUUAUUUGAAAAUACAUGAAAAAACUCAUACAGAGGAGAAAUCAUUCCAAUGUCAAAUAUGUCUAAAGUCAUUUGGUGGAAGAAGUAAUUUGAAAGCCCACGAAAAAAUCCAUAUUGGGGAAAAACCAUUUCAGUGCAAAAUCUGCCUGAAGUCAUUUAUUCAAAGUAGUAAUUUGAAAUCUCAUGAAAGAACUCAUACUGGAAAAAAAUCAUUUCAGUGUAAAAUCUGCUCGAAGUCAUUUUUCCAGAAUUCUAAUUUGAAAUCUCAUGAAAGAAGCCAUACUGGUGAAAAGCCAUUUCAAUGUAAAAUCUGUUCGAAGUCAUUUGUUCACAGUGCUAAUUUGAAAAUGCACGAAAGAACUCAUACUGGUGAAAAGCCAUUUCAAUGUAAAAUCUGUUUGAAGUCAUUUGUUCACAGUGCUAAUUUGAAAAUGCACGAAAGAACCCAUACUGGUGAAAAGCCAUUUCAGUGUAAGAUCUGCCUGAAGUCAUUUAUUCAAAAUGGUAAUUUGAAAACACAUGAAAAAACUCAUACUGGGAAAAAAAACCAUUCCAGUGUAAAAUUUGCUUAAAGUCUUUUACAUAGAGUAGUAGUUUGAAAAUCCAUGAAAUAAUUCAUACUGGGAAAAAACUGUUUCAGUGUAAAAUCUGCCUGAAAUUUAAUCAAAGUAGUCAUUCGAAAACACAUGAAAGAACUCAUAUGGGAAAAAAAUAAUUUCCAUGUGUAAUCUGCUUGCAGUCAUUUUUUCAGAGUGCUCAUUUUAAAUCGCAUGUAAGAACUUGCUCACGGAAAAAAUAUUCGAGUUUUCCAUUGUUUAUAACAGUUCAAAUAAUCUCUAUAUUGUAUGCAUCUACAGAGCACCUGGCAUUGAUUUAAUAGCUUUUUUGGACAGUCUCGAAAAUCUAUUAUCGCAAUUAUCUAUUCAUGCCAAAAUUAUAGUAGCUGGCGACUUUAAUAUAAAUUAUUCUGAUACAAAAUCAAGAGAAUUUCAUGAUUUAAACAACUUACUCCUAUCAUUUAACUUUUCGAUGCAUGUAAAAGAACCUACUAGAGUGUCUCAAUAUUCAGCUAGUACAAUUGACUAUGUAGAAAUAGAAAUAGUUUUAUUCAUCACUAAAAUAUUCACACAUACAUAAUUACAAGACUAAAUACGUGAGAAAACUUAUUGGACUAGUCAAAAGUAAAACGCUAAAAGCAAAACAAAAAUGUUUGAUCUUGAACAAACUUAAAAGAGAAGACUACAUGUAUAAAAUAAACUAAGUCAUUUAUCUAAGCACUAAAAGCAAGAAAUUCAUCCAUACUGUAGAAGCAGUUAUCCAACAAGAAAUCAAAUAGUUCAUUCCUCAUUACAGUUCUACUU